AUGUGGGCGGCACAGUACUACACUUACAAGCGGCCAAGGCAGUGGUUGUCUUCGGCUGGUCUUGGGGCUAUGGGAUUUGGUUUGCCGGCUGCUGCUGGUGCCGCUGUGGCCAACCCAGGUGUCACUGUUGUUGACAUCGACGGAGAUGGUAGCUUCCUCAUGAACAUUCAGGAGCUAGCUAUGAUCCGAAUUGAGAACCUCCCAGUGAAGUGGGAGGACAGGUUCUAUAAGGCCAACAGAGCACACACAUACUUGGGAAACCCAGAGAAUGAAAGUGAGAUAUAUCCAGAUUUCGUGACAAUUGCCAAAGGGUUCAACAUUCCAGCAGUCCGUGUGACAAAGAAGAGCGAAGUCCAUGCAGCAAUCAAGAAGAUGCUUGAGACUCCAGGGCCGUACCUCUUGGAUAUAAUCGUCCCGCACUAG